CAUGGACGUACCAAAUUGGUCAUUUCCUGCGACAACAUUGCCAACGAGUGGCUGCUCCUUACUCAAACACUACCAAAAACUCAGGGACAUAUUGAGAUCCAGGAGCUGUAGUGACAAAGUUCCCACAGCCAAAAAAUGCAGUGGUGCGCCCAAGGUGGGCCUAUCGGUGAUGCAUCACUGUAUCCCUGCAAAUGCAGCAAAAGCUUGUAAUCAAUGACAAGGAUGCCUGCGGAACAGUUUGCGGUGCACUGUUCAACGUUAACGUUCAACUCUGAUGAACCGUAGUGCUGGAUUCGGGGCUGUGACUCGCCGUAUUAAACGGCAUGCAGAUGAAAGUUAGCACAUCAGGAAUACUUUCAUCUUCGCCAUGUCAGCUACGACUGUAGGUUAUCAGACAGCGCAGGUAUGCGCUUCACUACUACUAGCACCCACGUUGUCUGUCUGACGAUGGAGAUAGUUGGAGCGAUGGCAGCAGUGAUCUUCGACUACUGCUUGACGAUUCCCCAAGAGGUCCAGUUGAUCUGGGGAAGGAAGUGGGACGUUGUUAGAGUUACGUAUACCCUCGCUCGUCAUGUCACCUUGAUGGGUACUGCCAUGACCACGUACGCUGCGGUGACUAAUCGGUCCAACGACACAAGUUGUGUGACUUUCAAUAAUGUCUCAUACGGUUUACAUAUGACAAGCAUCAUCGCUGCAGAAGGCCUGCUUAUUUUUCGCACAUAUGCCUUUUGGCAUGAGAACAAGAAAUUGCUGAAGUGGCUUCUCGUUCUUGCUGCAUUUUCAAUUCUAGGGGCUGUUGGAGUGUCAAAAGUUGUGAACACCUUCCUUCUCACUAACCCUCCAGGGACCGACCCGACAGGCUGCGUGUUUGGAAGUGGAAAGGGUAGCUCCAUACAGUAUGGUUUUUUGAUCAAUUAUGAGCUAGUGCUCAUGAUCCUUACGAUAUAUAAGAGAUUCAGCUUCUACAAACAUGUUCGAACUCCCCUCGUCACUACAGUUUAUCGCGAUGGGAUAAUAUACAUGACCUGCAUCAUAAUGGUAUCCUUCACAAAUAUUGUUGUCGCCCUGGUUGUUCCUGUGAGGUUUUAGGCAUUUGGAUCCACAGGACUUACUAAAAUGCUCAACCUGUUGAGCACAUACACUAACAUCCUGGAUGCACCACAACUUGUGAUCCACGGAGUGCUAGCCUCCCGUAUCUUAUU